UGCAGGACAGUGGAAAAACAGUUACCUUAGACACACAAAGGAUAAUAAACACAUAGAAAGAAAAAAGGAAAGACAGAGGAGCUGCAUAUAUUAUUUUUAACAUUUAAUACUCCCAGAGGAGCGACCAGACGAAUCAACUCUCCACGCCUCCCUGUUCUCUCUCCUCUGCUCUCCUCCUCUGCCUCACCCAGCACUCACACCCAUCCAUGAGUGAGACCAACUCUUCUGCCUAUCGAUCGGAGCGUAGUUUUCACCAGACUUCAUCUUCAUCCUCAUCCUCUGGUAACCCAUACAUGGAGAAAAGCCGGGGACUGUUUUCUGAGGACUUUGGCUCCUUCAUGAGGCCUGGGAGCGACGCCUUGGGGUUUUCCGGUGGAGCUGGAAACAUUAAAACUCUCGGGGAUUCGUACCAGUUCACAGUUGACGUGCGAGACUUCUCCCCUGAGGACGUCAUUGUCACCACGUCCAACAACCAGAUAGAAGUUCAUGCAGAAAAGUUGGCCCAGGACGGUUCAGUGAUGAACACAUUCACCCACAAGUGCCAGCUACCUGAGGAUGUAGACCCCACCUCUGUGACGUCAUCACUGGACACAGAGGGAACCCUAACAGUCCGUGCGCGGCGACACCCAGCCAAGCACGAGCUCGUACAGACCUUCCGCACCGAGAUCAAAAUCUAGAAACACCAGAUUUCUUCUUUUUUUUUAUGCAUCUUCCUUGAUUUCCUAUCUUCACUGAACCCAUUCUACAUGUAACACUCACAACGUGCAAUGUAAAACCAACCACAUCCUCCCGCUGUGGCUGCAAUUCAGUUAUUGUUCGAGAUAGUUCACCAGACACAGCUGCAAUAGGUCAUAGCUGCAAAUAACAGGCUGAGACUUAGAAGCUUGGACAUGUAUAGCAUUUGGACAAGCAUACACACACACACACUGUACUGAUCAGUCCAGUACUUCACUUGUGUCGUCUAACACAGUUCAACUCCCUUGUCUAAAUUGAGAAUUUUAAAAUUGAUGGUUUCUCAUUAAUAAUUUAUUCUGUUGUAUUAUUUGUGUGAAUAAAAUACUCCUUCUUUGACAAUAAA